GCCUAUCUCUGGGCAUCUCUCUCCACCCCUAUCUCUUUACGGGACUGCCAGUCCGUGUUGCGGUAUUCCAGGAAUGCGUGGUGAACAUGGCGGCCGCGCUGAAGGCUCCCAAAAGCGGGCUGCUGGAGCUGCGCGUGGCGGUUGAGCGCUGGAGCCGUGUGCUGGCAGCGCUAAGCGGGGACGCGCUCACUGUGAGUCCCGCUGAGGCGAGCGAGGACUCGGGUAAGAGCAAAGCCCCGGCCGCGGCGCCUCUGAACGGGGAACCGAGCAGCCUGAGCUGCCCCAACGUCCCAGAACAUAUCAGCAGCGUGAAGCGCACCGUGAGGGUCACCAAGCAGGACGUGGGGGGGCUCGGAAUCAGUAUUAAAGGUGGUAAAGAGAAUAAGAUGCCCAUCUUAAUCUCGAAGAUUUUCAAAGGACUUGCAGCCGAUCAGACUGAGGCUCUUUAUGUGGGUGAUGCCAUUUUGUCGGUCAACGGAUGUGACCUGCGAGAAGCUACACAUGAUGAAGCUGUACAGGCCCUAAAGAAGACCGGAAAGGAGGUCAUCCUGGAGGUGAAGUACAUAAAGGAGAUGUCUGCGUUUUUUAAAAGUGCAUCUCCAGGUGUUCCUCCCGUGAUGGACUCCCCACCGUCCACUCCACAGAAGCAACCUGAUCCAGCGCUCACGGAGACCAGAACCAUCCCACUCAAAAUGUGCCAUGCCACCCGCAAACAGUGCCCCCCAGACACAGAGGACAGGUAUUUUGAGGUGGUGUCAGCGGACAGGAAGCAGUCAGUGUUUCUGAGGGCGAAGGACCCAGCUAUGGCUCAGUCAUGGUAUAACGCCAUCCAAACGGCCAGCGCUGCACAGCUGUCCACAGUUAAAGAUGACCUCAGAGCCUUGCAGCAAGGCCUGGACAUCAGACACGUCGGCUGGAUCAUAGAGCAGGGAUCAGAAAGGCCGGUACUGGCUGUGCUAACUGACAGAGAUCUGAUGCUCUAUAGUUCUUUACCGGAGAGCAGAGAGAGCCUCAACAGCCCAGACAAGAGCCAUCCACUCAUUACCACCAGACUCGUUCACUCAGGACCUGGGAAGACUUCAUCUGUGCAGGAUUCUGAGUUGACCUUCGGCCUCCGUUUGGGCACUAAGCAAGGUGUGGAAACCCACCUGUUCCGUGUGGACACUGCCAAAGACCUGUCCACCUGGAGCCAUCUGCUGGUAGAGGGUUGCCACAACGCUGCCGAACUUAUACAAGAAGUCACCACAGCGUGCAGUUGGAACGGUCAGCAGUGCAUGCUGAGUGUGCACAUAGACAACGGCUUCUCAUUGUUCACGGAGGAGGCCGGGGUCCGCAGGCACAUCCUCCUGCAGCAGCCAUUCGAGCGCCUGCGCAUGUCCUCCGACGACGGCGUGCGCAUGAUCUUCCUCGACUUUGGAGGCCCGGAGGCUGAGAUCCAACUGGACCUCCAUGCCUGCCCCAAAACUAUCGUCUUCAUCAUCCACUCCUUCCUCUCGGCCAAGGUGAAGCGGCUGGGCCUGCUGGCAUGACCGCUGAUGUCCUAAACUCACCAAACACGCAGCUAUGUGAAGCCUUAGUCACAGGUUAUAGGAAUCGGAGCCACGACAAUGGAAGCAGAAGGCAGAUCAAACAGCAUCAGUACAAGAGUUCUGCUGCAGGCUGCCAUCAGUGGAAUCCUGCCACUGUUGGCCAAACAAACAAUCUAAAGCCAUGAAAUGAAUCUCAUUUUAUUUCACUUUAUAGGAGAAACUGAUUUUCACACACAAUACAUGUUUAUAUCAUAUCAAUUUGUAUAAAACUGCAUAAUUAUUUAAAGAACAUAAGAUUUUUCCAUGCUCCACCCGCUAAUGCAUACUUACGUGGCAACUGUUGUGAGAUAAAACUGAAAUUGAAAAUGAAAUUGAUACAUUAAAUUCAGUUAGACUACAUAAGUUGCUCACCUGACCAAUACCUAUGAUUUGGUGGUCUUAUGUGCAUUUUUGAUGGGCUGCAAGUGGCUGAUUUGCUGUUUGACAUAGAAAAAUGCUUGUAUGUCAAUGCAGUUAAAGGCUCCCUGUCCACAUACUGCUAGCUCCAUAUUGAGAUCAGCUGGGGCAAUGUGCUAUAGGGCAAUGUGGGAAAUGUAGUGUCUGUAGUGAAUCUGUGUGGCCAUAAUAUUUGUGUUGUGUAGUUUAGCCCAAGAAUCAAGAUUAUAAUGGGAAACUGUGUAGUUUAUGUAUUGACUUUUUCCCCUGUGAUUAUAGUGGUGUACAAUAACAUUUUAUGGAUGCAUGUGCUCCAGUAAAUUGGCUUAGAACCAAAAAAGAAUGCUAAUUUUACUUUGAUCACAUAUCAAAAAUACAUACCUGACCAAUCCUAGCAGCGUGAACUUUCACACACACAAAAAAAAGCUUGUCCAACCUUGCAACAGUUGCUAGGAAAGAAGGCAUUUGUGCACAGAGCAUGGAUAGAUGGCUCGGAGAGGUGAUUGACAGAGAAGUAAAAAAUAAAGCUAGUAGUUUAAGGUAGAGUUAAUCCCAAAACUGGAAGCUAACUAUGAAAGAAAGCCAGUGGAAACUAAAUAGAAUGUUCCAGUUUGCAUAACAUCAACCUGGGUCCAACUAGUGGAAACUCAGUGUUAACCACAUUAGCGUUUUCAAGCAUUCUUUUGAUAUGACUUGAUGUGGAGGAAAUAAUACGUGGAUGUUUUGGGGAUUUUUGGCUCAGAAGUACACAGAGCAGCCUGGAUGCCUCUUUAUGAGUAAAAUUCAGAGAGUUAUGCAUUUAACACUGCUACAGAUUCUUCUCUGCUUCGAUUAGGUGGGAGAUCAUGUUUGAUUCUGUUUUGAUUUGUCUUAUAGUGUAUCUGAUCUAACUCUUUUCUAUUCUGAUAUAAACCACAUUUAGAUAUUGGUCAUUUCAUUUCAAAUGAUUGUCUACUGGCAGCUUGUCCAAACUUAGAACCAGAUGGGUUUAAGCAAAUGUGAUUUCAAUCUGGAGUCUAAAAAGAACAUUCUUCAGAUAGAUGUGACAGCUAAACUUAUGUGAGGCACCUUUCUCUAAUUAUGUAAUCCAGUCAUUAAACAUUAAUUAUGAAAUUCACAUUUUACUGAUAUUUAACACUUAUAAUGGAAGUACUGAUAAAGGAAUUCUAGCAUUGCAGAGGUGGGAGGGUGGAAUGUUGACAACUGGGGUUACUGUCCUGAUCUUUAGUGGCAAGAAGUGACAUCAUCUGCACUACAGGCCAAAAGUUUGGAAGCAAUACUAAUGAAAAUUGUACUUUUUAAACACAAACAUCCAUAAUUUGUUUAGCUCCUGGUGAUUAUCCUGUGCAGCUCUAAUCAAAUCCGCCUGAUUCCCCCAUUCAGAUGAUCACUCAAUCAGGUGUGUUAAUUAAAUUAAGAGUUUUUAAUUAAUUAAAAACCAGUCAAUGUAAGAGACUGUUAUCAACAAACACCAUCAUGAAAGCUUUCAUAUUGGAGUACCUUUAGCAAUAACUCAAAACAAGUGUCUCACGGCAUACUGUGAGAAUUUGGUGAUAAUUUUGCUUUUUAAACUUGUUUAAAUCUGCUGCCAGAGGAGUCUGUCCAGAAUUACAGCUGACAUGCACAUGACUUUGUUUAUUAUUGUGAUUUUUUCACAAAAACUUUAGAGCACAGUUCAGAUUGCUUAGUGCUUAUUACUGUUUAGCUUCAUCAGAGUAAUGAUAAAACACAACUGAUGUGUCACAUAUUCCUUUUCAUGCAUCUGGAGAGACAUUAAUGGAAAUAUGUGAGUCAAACUAGUCAAUAAAAAACCCCACAUUUUCAGUUUUUUUUAGGUUAUGUACUGUUUAUAUCGAAAAAAAAACACUGAGAAAUCACAAUUGCAGAGUAGAGCAGAUUAAAUGGCAGAAAGUUUGUCUUACAGGGUUAAACUAGAUGUCAAUAAAUGUGUUAUGUUGGUUGUUAAGUUGUUCUUAUUCUAUACUUUUUUGUAUUAUUUUCACAGGUCACAGAUUUAGAGCUAGAACCAUGAAACUUUGCAGCAUUGUAGAGGCUUUACAGGAAUAAUGUAUUUGUGCUUUUGGGAUUUUUUUCUUUAUACAUAUAUAAAUAUACAAAAUAAAAAUAAAAAAAAAUAUUAUAUAUAUAUAUAUAUAUAUAUUUAUAUAUAUAUGGCUGCUGUUAGAAGAAAACCGCAUAUAUUCAAAAUAGCAACUUCAGAGAAGAAGCAAAAAGAUCAUUCAAGUCAUUGGAACCAGAUUUUUUCCCAAGUAAUUUUGGGUCAUUUCUUUUGGUCCAUUCAUUGUGAAAUUCACACUCAAUGUAGUGGGCAACAGGCAUUUCUAAGCUAUGUUUAUAUACAUGCUGGCAGCUACCUGGGAUACCAUAGCAGUGCCCUAGCAAAACCUUAACAACCAUUUUGGAUUCCAUUGCCACACCAAAUGAAGUGUGUUUAUUCAAUGUGUUCAUCCUCUUCUAGUUCUACAUUUGACAGUUUUACUGUAAAAUAUUUUUGACCACUUGCUUCCACACUUUUGUCCUGCAGUGUAGUAAAUCUCUGGUGUCACUUAUCUGUAGCCAUACCAGGGAUGUGUUUUGUUGUUGUUGUUUUUUUUUCUUCUUUUUUUCAGAAUUUUCUUUCUAACAUUUGUGUAUUUCAGGACUUAGAGGUACGAGAUGACGGUAUGUGUUGAUGCAACAUUGAAUCAGCUGAAUUUAAUGAUGCCUUCAAACUUUCAGAUUCUGAGUUUUGAGUUUGACUCUGUUUGAUUGCCGACUCCCAUAAAGUUUAGUAUGUUACCAUACUGACAGUCAGGGCCAGAGCUCUGUAACAAACUUAUUUGUUGUCCUCAGCAAUCAAGUACACUUAGGGUCAGGACUUUUUCCUUUAUCAGCAGAGUGGACUUUUUAUUUUGUGACUUUUACGUUUGACAGGAAAAUAGAAGCAGCUGUUUCACAGUUGUCUGGUCAGUGGGAUACUGUAAGCAGAGAACAUCUAUCAUGUGGCCUUUUUGAAAGCAUACUACAAAUUAAUAUAUACUUCGAACUAAAAUAUGUUUGCUCUUAAAGACAAUUGUAUUGUAUAUUCUUAUUUAAACAAAAGUGUGCCUUGCAGGGUUGUUUGUACAUAAAAAUGUAAUAAAACAAUUGUUGACUUACA